AGGUGGCGCAGCACAGGGAAAACCAAAGCGGCGAACGGGGCGUAUGAGUAGUGGCGCGCCUAUCGAGCAAACUUGUUUAAAGUGCCAUAAAAAAAAGCCACACAAAAAAUCAGCACAAAUAAAAUAAAAAAGCUGAGAGCAGACGCUACUGGCGCCGGGCAACAAUAAUAAUUUUCGCGACGAGUGUGCAACUUUUUUUCGUGAGCUAAAAAGUUAAUAUCAUAUAUAACAAAAAGCCAUAGCAGAUCGCGGAACAAGUGCAGUGUCAAGAAAUUAUGCCCUGAAUAUUCAGUGUCAUUUUCAGGUCUCACAAAAUGCCGUAAAAUUGGAUAGAAGUUAAAGUUACCUGAAAAGAAAUAUUAUCAGCUACUCAAAGAUCUACUCAGCCAUGAAUUGGUUUAUCUACAGUUCUUGGCCCUGGCUUCUGCUGGCCAUGAUCUCUCUGGGCAGUGCCUCACCUGUGCCCAGUCGCCAAUACAGCUGUAUGAGCUACCAGGAGAAUGACAACUCCUUCCAUGAUGAUGACACCGACCAGGAUGUUAGCAAUGAGCUGCAGGAGCAGCAAAUAGAAUCCACUGUAUUGCCCGAUGAGCCACAUCAACGCACCUGCUCCGAUGGUUAUACCUUCUGUUUUACUCUAUGGAAUCAGACGGCCAAUGAGACGAGGGUUGUCAAGCAGGGAUGCUGGAAGGACAAUACAGAUCGUCCCUCAAUUUGCAGCCAUUCGGAGUGCACCAGUUCGGCGCCCACUUCAAAGACCAAUUCCCUCUAUUACUGCUGCUGUUCCGGUGAUGUCUGCAAUAACCACUAUGCCGUGGUGGAGCCAGCUCCCCUGGAACUGGGCUCCAAUGAUGCCAGAAAUUCAAUCACAAAUCGAGCAACGGCUAAGCAGCAACAAUCCUUCAUGGCCAGCACAAUGUUGGGCUUUGCUGGAGGAGUAACUGCCCUUAUGAUUGGCAUAUUCUUUGCCGUUCAGUAUUGCCGUGGUCCCAAAGAGAAAUCCGAACCGGAGGAGUCUCCUCUGGCACCAUCGGGACCUGGUUACAGUUCCAAUCUUCGGAACGUGGACAAUAUGAAUUUAAUUGGAAUGCUGGGCAGUGGCAAGUAUGGAACUGUGAUGAAGGGUCUGCUCCAUGACCAGGAGGUGGCUGUUAAGAUCUAUCCUGAGGAGCAUCAUCAGUACUAUGUGAACGAAAGGAAUAUCUAUGCUCUUCCCUUGAUGGAUUGUCCAGCUUUGUUGAGCUAUUUUGGCUACGAUGAACGUUGCACUAUGGACGGUCGCAUGGAGUACCAGCUGGUGCUCUCCCUGGCUCCUCUGGGUUGCCUGCAGGAUUGGCUGAUAGCCAAUACCAUGACCUUUAGCCAAUGCUGUGGCAUGCUCCGGUCCAUCACCCGUGGCAUCUCCCAUUUGCACACUGAACUCCGUUUGGGGGAUCAGCACAAACCAUGUGUGGCCCAUCGGGAUAUCAACACCAGGAACGUGCUCGUCCAAGGGGAUCUAAGCUGCUGCAUUGCGGACUUUGGAUUUGCAUUGAAGGUGUUUGGAUCCAAGUACGAGUACAAGGGCGAGGUGGCCAUGGCGGAGACGAAGAGCAUCAAUGAAGUGGGCACCCUACGCUACAUGGCUCCGGAACUGCUAGAGGGAGCAGUGAAUCUAAGGGAUUGCGAAACCUCUCUCAAGCAGAUGGAUGUGUAUGCCUUGGGAUUGGUUCUCUGGGAAGUGGCCACUCGCUGCUCGGACUUCUAUGCCCCCGGCCAAACCACACCACCAUACAAGGCUCCAUACGAGCAGGAGGUGGGCUCCCAUCCUAGCUUCGACCAAAUGCAGGCUCUGGUGGUGAGGCACAAGGCGCGUCCGCUCUUCCCCGCCGGCUGGGGUGGCGGAUCAGCAGCCAAGGUGGUAAGAGACACCUGUGAGGACUGCUGGGACCAUGAUGCGGAUGCCAGGCUGACCUCGUUGUGUGCAGAAGAACGCAUGCAGGAAAUGUCAGGACUACGGCCAAGAGCUCAGGCACAGCCAGCCAGUCCCCUGCUGAAUACCAACAAUCUGGUGGCUACACCGAACUCAGAACAGGGCAUCAAUACCAUAGCCGUGGCAAUCACAACGACUACGACAUCAGCGGCAGUGCAUCAUCAGAUGAGUUCCGACACUGUUGGCCUCAUCCAGCCGCCUCCAAACCAACAGCUACCAGCAGCUGCUCUCGAGCGAGAGAAGAAUCACCUGAGUUAUCCCCAGCAGCAGCUACAGCCGUAUCAGGGCAGGAAUCCCUGCCAGGAGCGUAACCUAGCACCUCUUCCCUUGCGCACUCCACCCGUCCUGGUGGAGCGUAGCAAGAAGCACAGCUUCCAGACACAGCCACAGGAGAACUCACUGUCCUGCCUGGAGCACGAUGUCAGCGUGGAGGAGCUGAUAGCCAGUCAUCACAAUCACCAGCAGCAGCAGCAGCAACUCCAGCAAAAGAACACCAUAGUCAGCAUUGCCGGGACCAAUACGAAUCCCAGCCUGGGUCAGGGAUUUCCCAAGCAGCAGAACACGGAUCAAAAGCUCAGGGGAUGGCAUGGUGUUAGGGCUCUAAUCCACAAGAAGCUCUUCCGCAAGGAGCAUGCCGAGGAGCUAUGCCGGCAGCUGCAGCUGGGCGAAGAGAAGUCCAACCUGGUGACGGCACUGCGUCGCCCCAAUAACCUGGACUUGAGUCCGCGGCUGGACAAACCCACACCUAUACAGUUGAGGAGUGCGGAGCAGCGAAGUGGAACUCCGGCACACAUAGUUCCCAGAUCCCUGUCGAGCAGCCUGAUUAAGCACAUGAAUGGGAGUAGCACCAGUACCAACAAUAACUCCAUUUUGAGCCAUGGCAGCGAGCUGCAGACCCUCACCCGUCCCGCUACGAAGCGAAGACCUGGCCACCUGCGUACCAAUUCCCUGAUGGCCACCACAACCACCUCGGGUCACCAGGGUCCGCCCACGGAGCAGCAGAUGCGUCGCCAGCAUAGUCUGGAGGUCUUCCGUGAGGUCUUCAGCGGACGGGGGAGCAGCGAACGCUUGAGGGAUCCCAGCGAAAGGGUCAAGACCCCAGGGGAUGUCCCGCCAUCGGUGAGAAAGGCCAGGGCUAGCAAGACCCUCAGUCUGUACGAUGAUCGUAUGAUGGACUCGUCGCUGCUCAACAUUCUCUAGCAUGAGGAGGUCCUGCUGCUGGAACUAUAAACCCGGGCAGCAGGACAAGGAACUGGACUCAUAUCUCAUCCUUCAUCGAACACAUAUUCAACGAUAGCCAUAGAGCAGAAGACUUGAAUCGCUUCCUGGAACAGUCUUCUCACAUAAAGGAAAAGGGGACAGUGUUUUGGGUUUUCAGAUUCUUUUGAUUUCAAUACUAAUUAAAUUUAAAAUUUAAAUCAAAAGAAUCUAGUUAAUACAGAAAACCCAUAGACAACCCCCUACGAAAACAUUUAUUUUUCGAACAUACAUAUAGUAGCCUGGAGGAGUUCACAGAUCGUAUGUGUAUAUCUAGAUGUAUUUUUUCACCAAUCAUCCUAGCGUGUAGUGCGGCAAACAACCAAAGUCCUUAUAGGUUAGAUCUGACUAGAAUCGUACGGAGUAUCAGUAUAUAGAGCAGGCAACCUGCCCCCCAACAACCAUAUAUAAAUAUAUAUAUUUUUGACUUGAACUUGAACUUGAACUGGGACAAGAGCGACACAGGUAGUAGACGACUAUAUAGUUUAUAUAUAUAUUGAUGUAUGUACGCGGUUUUCACUCGAGUUGAGCUUAAGGUGCAGUGAGACAACAAGCGGGAAGACACUGAGAUGGUAGGGGCUUGGUCGGACCAUUUUUAUAGAGCCAUAUAUAUGCUAACGAUCCCCAUAUAUCUAUAACGAAACAUUGUACUGGAAUAUUUAGUCAACACAACACACCUUUACUUACAUACACGAGGGAUUGUCAUCAUACAAAAAAGGAGCACAAAAUACUCGUUUCCGAGGCAUUUGGUUAACAAUCUCUAAAACCCAUUUCUUAUGAACAAAAGACAGCCCCAUUUGUUCGAGUAUUUGGAAAACAUCAACCUUUGGAUGAAUUUUCAAUGAAUGCCUUUUUGUCGUUCUCUUUAGUACUUAGACCAAAACACCCGCAGCCUUUCAAUCACAUUAAAUGCAAGUCUAGUUAUA